AUGGAGGCCAAUAACUCUCAGACUGGUGGUGGAUCCUCAGUGCACGAGAUCAAUGAUAAGGUCAUUUUAGUUCAGGUUUUUGUGUCAGUCUUCCUUUGCAUCAACGUUUUGCUCAUCAUAACUUUUUUCAUGAAAGAUUCCUUCUACACGACCACGCGCUACAUCCUGUUUGCUGUCACACUGCUGUCCGAUUGUCUGUUUUUGCUCAUGACUGACAUCCUGCUCAUUUUCAGCUAUUUUCGUUUCGCCAUACAAAUGUGGUUGUGUCUUAUCGUAUACACUGUUUUGUCACUGUACACGUUCGUCACACCAGUUACUCUGACAGCAAUGACCCUGGAGCGAUAUGUGGCCAUCUGCAUGCCCCUGCGUCAUGCAGAGCUGUGCUGCACACGCAGCACUAUGCAUUGCAUCCUCAUCAUUCACGGCCUCAGCUCUGUGCCCUGCAUUGUUGUUCUCUCCAUCUUCUUUGCAUCAGUGACCCACAGCUUCUAUACUCAGGGCAGAAUAUGCUCUGUGGAGAUUUUCAUUCAUCACAGAUGGCAGAGUCAUCUUAGAUCAGCUAUAAGUCAGUUUUACUUCUUGAUUAUGGUUAUCCUCAUUGUGUUUUCUUAUGUUAAAAUCGUGAAAGUGGCCAAAGCUGCAUCAGGAGAGGAUAAAAAGUCGUCAUGGAAAGGGCUCAGAACAGUAAUUCUUCAUGGUUUCCAGCUGCUGCUCUGUCUCAUCCAGCUGUGGUGUCCAUUCAUAGAAGCUGCAGUACUUCAGAUUAAUCUUAUGUUGUUUAUUAAUGUCAGAUAUUUUAACUACAUUACAUUUAUUCUUGCUCCGAGAUGUCUGAGUCCUCUCAUUUAUGGCCUCAGGGAUGAAAUGUUUUUUCAUGCACUGAAGUACUAUGCUUUGUGUGGCUUGUAUAAGAAACCACUUGGUUUAUUUUGA